AUGGAGACAAUGAAGUAAUGAGUGAAUAAGGCAUUUUGAGGAAGGAAAAUGGGGUAAGAGAAGCCGUUAAUUGAGCAAGAAAAAUCGGUGAGGUUAAUAACAACAUUAUGAAAUGAAGUCGUUGCUGUAUUAAGAAGACAACACACAAAUCAAUGCCAGCCGCUACUAUCGGGUCUCCUCCUUUCAUCCUCCUCCCUCUGUCCCCUCCAUUCCCAUGUUCUUUGGGAUCCUUUCUGUUUAGGUUUUCGCUGCACAGCCAUGGACCACGAUCGUCGUUCCCCGGGCGCUGAAUCCUUGGAAUUAGAAAAGGGGGACUCAAAAGAGAAGAAGACUAAUGCAAAAGGCAGAAGGGCUCGGACUGGGUAUUCUGAUUCCAUAAGAGAAUUGGACUUGAAUUCUUUAUACAUUAAAGAAGAAGGUUCAGCCGAGUGGCCUGCUAGCAGGGACAUGCCUGAGGACUGCCGGGGAAGUUUAGAAUGUGAAGCCCUUCCUUCCAAUGCCAGCACUUCCGAUUCAGAGUUAGCAGAUGCUGCAAACAAUGCUCAGUGGCGUGGCUUGCUUCGUUUCAUGAAGAAAGGAUCCCACAUGCGCUUCGCUCAUCCACCUAAAAACAUUCCCAAACUCACCCGAAGAACAGUUAAACGAAUCAAGGAAGACCUCAUCCCUGGCCUACAUUCUUCAGUUCCAGCUCCUUCUCUUGAUCCAGAUUUUUACUGCUUUAAGUCUUCAUGGAUAAAUUUUUCCUUUACACAGCUCAAAGCUGCCACCAAAGACUUCAGCGAUGAGUUGUUGAUUGGGAAGGGAGGUUAUGCUGAGGUUUACAAAGGAAAAAUGGAAGACGGGACGUAUGUUGCAAUCAAACGGCUAACAAGAGGAAGCCAAGAAGAAAUGACAGCUGAUUUCUUGUCUGAACUUGGUAUUAUAGUGCAUGUUGAUCAUCCCAAUAUUGCCAGAUUGAUUGGUUAUGGCGUGGAAGGGGGAAUGUUUCUUGUUCUUCAGUUGUCUCCACAUGGCAGCCUAGCAGGCAUUCUUUAUGGACCCCGAGAGAGACUGGAUUGGAACGUGAGAUUUAAGGUUGCUUUAGGGACUGCUGAGGGCCUUCAAUAUCUGCAUGAGGGAUGUCAAAGAAGGAUCAUUCACAGAGAUAUCAAGGCUGCUAAUAUUCUGCUAUCAGAGGAUUUUGAACCUCAGGUAUCUGAUUUUGGGCUUGCAAAGUGGUUACCUGACCAAUGGACUCACCAUACCGUGGAUAAAAUUGAAGGCACAUUUGGUUAUCUUCCUCCGGAAUUUUUCAUGCAUGGUAUAGUUGACGAAAAGACUGACGUGUAUGCUUAUGGAGUGUUAUUAUUGGAGCUCAUUACAGGACGACAGGCUCUGGACAGCUCUCAGAAAAGUUUGGUGAUGUGGGCAAAACCUUUGCUAUCUGUAGAUAAAAUCAAAGAGCUCGUGGAUCCAUGUCUACGCAAUGCGUAUGAUGAAGAACAGAUGAAAAUUGUUGUAAUGACGGCUUCAUUGUGUAUAGAGCAGUGUUCAAUUGAGCGACCACACAUGAGCCAGGUAUUGAAGACUCUGAAACGGGACGAAGGGGGCUUGAAGUUCGUAAUGGAGCGGCAAAAGUCAAAACUUAGGAGGACGUAUUCUGUAGAGCUGCUAGACGCAGAGGAUUACAACUCAACCAAGUUUUUGAAUGACAUGAAUCGAGACACCAGUUCAGACGGCUUUGACUCUUUGAACGAAGAAAAUGCCCACAAGUAGAAAUAAAUAUGGCCUUCGAUUCACAUAACUUGCCUAAGGGCUUGACGUUUAAUAGAUGUGUGAGCUCGGUUCCAUUGAGGCUGAACCGGUCAUGCAAUGUUAGUGAAUGUUGUGUGUGUAAAGCCAAGCCCAUCUGAUUAUCGGCCGUAGAGCUGUUUGCAUUUUUUUAAGUUCAUUGGGGCCCGCCCAAUAUCAUAAUUUACUACUAAUUUAUUUA